AUGGCGUACAUAAUUGGGAUAUUUACCUCUAUAGCAUUAGUCAUUGCCAUCCUACUUAUGGUUUUCUGGUUCAUAAUGGUUAAAAGGAGAGAAGAGAGAAAGAUAAAGGAACGGCAAAUACUUCUUACUCCAGCUAACGGUUCAUCAAUCCAACCUUCCACAACAGGAAAGCAGCCUUUAGAGGAUUUCUCAUUUUUCAAACUUAGUACCAUUGUGGCAGCCACAAACAAUUUUUCCGUUUCUAACAAACUCGGACAAGGCGGUUUUGGCACUGUUUAUAAGGGGCGAUUGAGGAAUGGAAUAGAUAUUGCGGUUAAAAGACUAGCAAAAAAUUCCGAUCAAGGUUUCGAAGAAUUUAAGAAUGAAGUUUCUUUAAUAGUGAAACUUCAACAUAGAAAUUUAGUUAGGCUUUUAGGAUGUUGUUUUCAACCGCAUGAGAAGAUGCUUAUAUAUGAAUACUUGCCAAAUAAGGGAUUGGACUCAUUCAUUUUUGAUCAAGAUAAAUGUUAUAUACUUAAUUGGGAGAAGCGAUUUAACAUCAUUUUGGGAAUAGCAAGAGGAAUGAUAUACCUUCACCAAGACUCUCGACUCAAAAUCAUCCAUAGAGAUUUAAAAGCCAGCAAUAUUUUAUUGGAUGAUGGAUUGAAUCCUAAAAUCUCCGAUUUUGGAACGGCUAGAGUUUUUGGAGGUGAUCAAAUGGAAGCCAAUACAAAAAGGGUAGUUGGAACAUAUGGUUAUAUGUCUCCAGAAUAUGCCAUGGAAGGACUAUAUUCAAUAAAAUCUGAUGUCUUCAGCUUUGGUGUCAUAUUGCUUGAGAUUAUAAAUGGGAGAAAAAAUACCAGUUACCAUCAAGAGAACACGAUAAAUUUGAUAGGACAUGCUUGGGCAUUAUGGAACAAAGGUAAAGUCUUUGAUAUAAUUGACUCAAGGAUGGGAGAUUUAUGGACAAACCAAGAAGUUUUGAGAUGCAUUCACAUAGGACUUCUAUGUGUGCAAGAACAUGCUAUGGACAGACCAACUAUGUCUGAAGUUGUUUUCAUGUUAUGCAAAGAUAUGUCUUUACCUUCUCCAAAGCAGCCCGCGUUUAUCUUCAACGGACAAGACAUGCAUGCAUCGGAUUCAUUGACGAACAUUAAAGCUUGGGCAUUAUGGAACAAAGGUAAAGUCUUUGAUAUAAUUGACUCAAGGAUGGGAGAUUUAUGGCCAAACCAAGAAGUUUUGAAAUGCAUUCACAUAGGACUUCUAUGUGUGCAAGAACAUGCUAUGGACAGACCAACUAUGUCUGAAGUUGUUUUCAUGUUAUGCAAAGAUAUGUCUUUACCUUCUCCAAAGCAGCCCGCGUUUAUCUUCAACGGACAAGACAUGCAUGCAUCGGAUUCAUUGACGAACAUUAAAGUGAACUCCAUAAACAGCCUUAAUUAG